GCCAGGUCUGGACUGCCUCUGGGGAUAGCCUCACCCUGGGUGAUGCGAAUGAAUAGCCUCUUGCCUGGCACAUCCACAGGAAUUGAUAAGACAGGCGCAGUUCUUCCAAACAGGCCGUUUCUCUUUUAGCUCUAGCUGUGGUUUCUGCAGCAAUUUUGUUUUUGCCUUAAAAGAGGUGCUCUGGAUUAUCAGACCUCCAUGUAUGACAAUUUGUACCUGCACGGAAUUGACGACUCGGAGGCUGAAGAAUAAUGUGAUGUGUUACCCGAGAUGGUGUGAACAGAGCCUCAGCCCAAUGGAGAAGACUAGGCCUAAAUAGCUGACCUGGUGAAGUGACAGAUAAAGCCACACCUGGAGUCCUCAGCAGCCUUUCUCAGGGCCAAUGCAUUUAUGGCUGGUUCAGCAGAUUCCUACACGAGCAGGCCGUCUGACUCUGAUGUCUCUCUGGAAGAGGACCGGGAAGCAAUUCGGCAGGAGAGAGAGCAGCAGGCAGCUAUCCAGCUCGAGAGAGCAAAGUCCAAACCCGUGGCAUUCGCUGUGAAGACGAACGUGAGCUACUGCGGUGCCCUAGACGAGGAUGUGCCUGUUCCGAGCACGGCCAUCUCCUUCGAUGCCAAGGACUUCCUGCACAUCAAAGAGAAGUACAACAAUGACUGGUGGAUAGGAAGGCUGGUGAAAGAGGGCUGUGAGAUCGGAUUCAUCCCAAGUCCACUCAGACUGGAGAACAUGACGGCUCAGCAGGAGCAGAAGAGAGGACGUUUUCACGGAGGGAAAUCGAGUGGAAAUUCUUCUUCAAGUCUUGGAGAAAUGGUAUCAGGGACAUUCCGAGCAACUCCCACAUCAACAGCAAAACAGAAGCAAAAAGUGACGGAGCACAUCCCUCCCUACGACGUUGUGCCGUCCAUGCGUCCCGUGGUGUUAGUGGGGCCGUCGCUGAAGGGUUAUGAGGUAACAGACAUGAUGCAGAAGGCCCUCUUUGAUUUCCUGAAGCACAGGUUUGAUGGGAGGAUAUCAAUAACAAGAGUGACAGCUGACAUUUCUCUUGCUAAGAGGUCUGUCCUGAACAAUCCCAGCAAGAGAGCAAUAAUUGAACGUUCGAACACCCGGUCCAGCCUAGCGGAAGUACAAAGUGAAAUUGAAAGAAUCUUUGAGUUGGCAAGAUCUUUGCAACUGGUUGUUCUGGAUGCCGACACCAUCAAUCACCCAGCACAGCUUAUAAAGACCUCCUUAGCACCAAUUAUUGUUCAUGUCAAAGUCUCGUCCCCAAAGGUUUUACAGCGGUUGAUUAAAUCUAGAGGAAAGUCCCAAAGUAAACACUUGAAUGUUCAAUUGGUGGCAGCUGAUAAACUUGCACAAUGCCCUCCUGAAAUGUUUGAUGUUAUAUUAGACGAAAAUCAGCUGGAGGACGCGUGUGAACAUCUGGGAGAGUACCUCGAGGCGUACUGGCGUGCCACGCACACCACCAGCAGCACCCCCAUGACCCCACUCCUGGGGCGGAAUUUGGGCUCCACUGCACUCUCACCGUACCCCACUGCAAUUUCUGGGUUACAGAGUCAGCGAAUGAGGCACAGCAACCACUCCACAGAGAACUCUCCAAUUGAAAGACGAAGUCUAAUGACCUCUGAUGAAAAUUAUCACAAUGAGAGGGCUCGGAAGAGUAGGAACCGCCUGUCUUCCAGUUCCCAGCAUAGCCGAGACCAUUACCCUCUUGUGGAAGAAGAUUAUCCUGACUCCUACCAGGACGCUUACAAACCCCAUAGGAACCGAGGCUCACCUGGGGGAUACAGCCAUGACUCCCGACACAGGCUCUGAGGCUGCCAACACAAAAAAUAAAAAGUACUCAUCUGUUGACUUUUGCCAUAGCCCUGCUAAGAUAAACCAAUCAUUUUAACUCGUCAAGCACAGGACGGUGCUGACUGUGCUCAUGAGCUGCUGUCAUUUGAUGCUAAGUAAGGGGCAAAAAAAUGUACAUUAUGCCCUUGAAUCUAGAUGGAUAUUCGAUGCCCAAUCAUAUAGGUAUUUUUAAGUGCAACAUUUACAUGAUAGCAGUACCUUUUGUUUUCUUCAUAGAUUUAGACACAUCCAUUUGUAGUCUAGGGUACCUAUCAAGGCACAUAUGAAAUAAUUUCCCGUGCUGGAAAUUCCAAAUGACCAGUUCCAGUUGGAACCAAUUUAUAAACCAAUUCCUGUUGGAAUUCGGGUGAAUUGACUAGAAAGUCUACUUGAGCACGUUGCAAUCAAUUGAAAAAUUGGGAAAAAACCUAAUUAAUAAGGAAGUCAAAAUACAAAUAGAAGCCAAAACCAGCUAUGGUAUUUAUUUGCUGGAAGCUAAAUUUACACUUAAAGUUGGAUAUGUAAACAUUUUAAUAUAUGUUAAUGUUGCCAGAAUGGCUUUUCAAACUUACCAAAUAUAUUGAUAGUGCCAAAAAAAAAUCUCAGAAAUCUUAAUGCAGAAAUUAUAUAGUCUCUUCAGAUUUUAAUAUUUUUAUUUGUUUCCUGGCACAGCUGUUGUAUUCAAAGUGUUUUGCUUUCUGUUCAGUCAAUACUGUUAGUGUGUUUGAAGUUGGCAAAGAAGAAAAGCAGAAAAAAAACUUCAAAAAUUUCAGUUGUAAAAGAGAAUAAAAUGAGAAGGCCGAGAAUAGCUGGUUAUAAGAAAUGGAAAAUGAGGCGUUUCCUCUUUAACCAACAUGAGCACAACUGCACAUAUCCAGAAGGUGAAGCCAGAUAGCAAGGAUGUUGUAUAGAUCCCAGGUGCGGAGCUAAACCUCUCCGAAAGGGAGUUUAUCUGCCUGCCCAGCGAGGUCAGUAUUUCCUGCCAGCACAACCGAGACCCUUCCCAUUGCUUCGCUCAGGCUGUCUUUGAAUAGCUGAGUAUUCUAGCCCAUCACUAAAUCUUUUGAAAAUCACGCUAAAGAUUUUUGUUUUCCAUGGAUGCAUUCAAGUUAGAUGUUGAAAGUUAUGUUUUUUACAAAAUGGCUUGUUGGGAGAAGUUCUAAUAGAUGAUGAAUUUAAAAGCUUGCAGUAAAAGUAAAGGUCAUAGAUUCAGAAUACAUGUGUUCGCUAAAAUUACAGCAUUCUUAAUGAAAAAGUAUGAAGAUUUUAGAGAUUGAGCUGACAUCUCUAAUAAAUACUGCUCAUGGCUUACCAAGAGUUCAGUUUUUCCAGUGACUAUAAUUAAAAAUUGGCGGCCUGUGUCUUACAUUAUCACGGACGCCUUAGAUUCACUAUGAUCCAAGAAAUUAUUGAAAUAGAUUCUUUUAUAUAAUACAACAUGUAUUUAUGAAAGAUUCUUGUUUCUAAAAUUCCACAAUGCAUGUGUUUUCUAAAGCCGUAAUAGGACCAGGCAUAAAAGUCUUUUUCUAUAUCUCAUGAGGCCUGUUUUGGAAAACAAGAAUAAUUCAUUUUGACGCUGGGGUAUAGCUCAGUGGUAGAGUGCUUGCUUAGCAUGUUUGUAGGCCCUGGGUUCCAUCCCCAGUACCUCAAAAACCUUGAAUAAUUAAUUUUGUAUUAUCUUAUUUUCCCCCCAAGUUUUUCAGUACGCACUCUCUUGAAGUAUGCACCAGAUCCAGUAUUUUCUUGAUCAAGAACGUCAGUUUCAUAUUACUAAUUGCUUACGCAUAUCUUGGGCCCUGUUACAGCCUCAUCACAUGCCCUGCCCUCAUCUUGACUGUGUGUUCCCCAUAACGAAUCUUUCGCUGAUAAUGAGGAUACCUGUAAUUCUAUAGGUCGUCUCAAACAUUUGACACAAUUAAACAUGGGCUCAGUAAUUUGUAAAAGUUAAAUGUCAUACUGGCUGGUGAGGUUCGUCUGUCAUCGAGUGACCCUUACUUCAGUUAAGACAGGGAUUUAAAAGAACUGUAUCCAUUAGACUGUUUAAGAAACACCUAACCUUUCAUCACUGAAUACUUUCUUAGAACACAGAAGAGCUUCUUCCAGCAAACAAAAAUAAACUUACUACAUGUACAGCACAUAUCUGCAUGAGAAAGAAAACAUUAGCCAGAACAUUCUUCUAUAUGCUUUACUGGUUUCUUGUUUGUGUGCAUUAAAGUAUUUAAUUGCACAGUGCACCAAGCUGUAUAAAUUUAGAUUAGACAGCUGUUCAGCUUUUUCUGUAGUAGCAUUAGCAAUUUGGUCAUUUAACUACUUUAAGAUACUUACAUUUUAUGGCAGGUAGCUGAAACAGCGUUUACAUAUAUUAAAAACGUUACCAUUUUUUUAACUUUCAAAAAGCCACUUGUUUUUAACGGUCUCUCAAAGCCUUGUUUUGUCUUCCAUGUGAUGAGGACAGAGGGAGGUCCGUUCAGGGUCUGUGCACGGAACCUUCACCUGUCAUCGAGCGGCCAUACUUGCUUUGCGUUUUUAUCCAGAGGCCGACAGUCUUGGAAAGGGUAUAAUGUAUAUUUUCUUGAUGGAUACAUUUAAAAUAUCAAUUUAAUUUGGCAUAUUCUUUCACCUUCUGUAAUAGGUUCUUCUCCAAAUGAGUGAGAUAUGCAUCUUUCUUUUUUUUUUAAAGCCUUAGAAUUUAUUGUGUAAAUGAUACUAAAAUCCAGAUAUAUACUAAAUAAAAAGUUUUAUUUUUGUCAAGCACAUCAAGCACCUUUGGAAAAUACAUAUUCCACAAAUACUUUUUUAUUAAUUUCAUUUAAAAUUGAAAAUUAUUAUAAGCGAGAAAAAGGAGUCAUAAUAUUUUGAGGCAGUUUGAACUGGCAGUAUAAACCACCUACUAGAAUUCUGUACCUUUCAGUCAGCAGACUUGUAACAACGUAGACUCAUAUGAUAAUGUGCAAAUGUAGUCCUGAAAAGAAGAGGAAUGCAGUUUGUCUGUUCUGAUGUUAAUUCUCAAGGGUAUAACAUGACUCCAGUAUUAUAAUCAACAGUGGCAUCUUGUUUACUCCAGUAUUUAAAGCAACACUUAGAAAUGUUUAUAAAUGACUGAUGAGUCUCUCUUAUCUUUAUAUAGUUCUUUCGGAAAGAAGAUUGAAAUUGUUAACAAUUUAGACUAACUAUCUUUCCUAAUAAGAGAGUAUUAAUCUUGUGACUAUACAAGUCAUUGCAUUUCAUCCUUUGAAGUGAAUUUUUAAAAUGUGAAAUGAAUUCUGAGAAAAUUAUGUGUCCCUUUAAAUAAGUUGUUAUUUACUCAAAUUAUUAUUGUUGUUUGCAAAAUGUAUUUUUGGAAUGUUAACCUCUUUUCAUACCUGCAUACUUGAACUUGUCUUUUGUGUGGGGGCCUUAAAAUUUCUAAUAGAAAGUGGGAUAGUGAAAGUAAGUGAGGGAAGGAAAUCAUGGCAAAAGAUGAUUUACUAAUGCAGAGUCUUUAAAUGAACAUAUCACAAAUAUUGUUGAGACCCAGGAUGUAAGUGAAAAAUGUUUCUAGGCAACCUUAAUUUGCAUGCUAAUGUAUUUUCUUGGUUAUACAAUUUUACUUGCUAUUUGUUAAAAAAGCAAACCAACAUAGUAUCACUGAAGAAAUUGCCCUAUGUGGAUAUUUAUACUACCUCUUCUCUGGAGAAGACAGUCUGUCUUUAAAGGGAAAAACACUUGUCAAGAACUAGUGAUCAAAUUUCUUACUAUUACUGCUAACCUUGCUGCAAAGCUAAGUGUGUAGCGUGUUGAGAUAGCUUUCCCUUCAGAUUUCAACCUGUUUUCAAAAUGGUCUUGUCACUCUUUCUUCUAUGUGAGUCAAGUUUUCUUGAAUUGGUUCACAUUUAUGCUGAAGCAUGGUUGAUUUAAUAAGUAAGUCUUCAUAGGGAACAAAACAAACUGCAGAGGAAUUUAUCUGUUACACACCUGUUAUAAUGUCGUGCUCUAAGUCUACAAGAGAAAGGUCCAGAGACUUGUUUAAUACAGUUGGUUUGCAAAUUCAAAUAUUGUUGAUCCUUGACUUCUGUAGAUACCAAGGGCACAGCUGAGCUACUUCUUGGUUAAGGGUGUGUGUUAGCUUGGACUCCUAUGUAACUGGAACAGACUUCGUAUCAAUACUUUGAAUAAAUAUUUAACGUAACUCUUAUUCCUUUUACAUCUCUGCCUUUGUCUUUCAUGACAAUGUUGCAUGUUGGUUUUUUUAAUUUUAUGAAAUUCAUCCAUGAAUGAAUGCAAACUUUAUAGGAAAUUAUGUAAUGAAUCUGUUUCAUUAGUUCCCUAUUAUCUUUAAAUACUGUCAAGUACUAUAACUAAGUUACUUAUUUGAGCUGUGUCUAUACUGCAGAAAAGUCCUUUUUAAAAUGAUGAUCAUGAUCAAAUCAGUCAAUACAGGAGCUACUAAACAAUGAGAGUGACUUUUUUCUUGUCGAAUUAAGCAAUCAAGUUAGUCAAAACAGUAAAAUUGGUUUACAUGGACAGACAGAACUUCAGCAUUCAAAAAUUAUUUUUUAAAGUUUCCUUCUUUAGUUUAAUGGGUCCUUCUUCAAUGAAAUACAUCCUCUGAUAGCAACCAUUUCUGUCUAGUUGUGGAUGAUUUAAUCCCAAAUGCUGUAAGUGACUGAGGUAUAUUAUGAGAAGAUUAGAAAGUAUCUCACUAGGUAAUCUUAAUUAAGGGCUGUAACUUCCACUUGCCAUGAAAAACAUACAAAUAAGAAUGAAUAGCACUGACUUUUGGGAAGUCAGUUUAAUGUGAAACUUUCUUUUGUUUCCUUUGAUAGAUGUAAAAAGAAUGUUUGCAGAAAGAUGGUACAAUACAUAUGUCAUGCAUGAAUUUAAAGAGAUUUGAGGAAGGCACUGAUGCUUCCUCAUUUGAAAAUUUUGAGGAGUGAAAGAGAGAACUAUCUAAGAAUGCAAAGUGGCUGGCCUCUAUCUUUUCAAUAUUUUGUAAGUGUUCUUGGUUAUGUGUUGAACACUUAAAUUUCUCAACAAAUGGCUAUGUUUCCUAUACGUAGGGGCCUCUCUUGCCCUACCUGCAUGCCACUUUCACACACUUUUAACUGAAAUCAGUGUGAAUUCUGUAUGCAUAACGGAUGUAUUAAAGAUGUGGGAUCAUUAAUGCUAUAUUGUUGCAUACUAUUUUUCAUAUGCCUUACGAUAUUUUCUGGGACGUUAUUAAUGAAAGCAUUUUAUUGCCAAAAUAAAUCUAUGUUGUUACUUCUGCAUUAGCAGUAGAAAAAUAAUGUAGCAAAAAUAGAUAUUGUACAGUACAAAAUUAUAAAACAUAUAUAUAUUUUGCCAAUAAUAUGAAUAGAUUGAGGAGAAAGAAGCACAUUUGUUAUAGCACAAACUUACAACAAAACCCACUGUUAAAUUUGGCAGUCCUGUUUUUUUAAAAGUAUAUAGAUUUAGUUCUACUUAUUUCAUCUACCAUCUUUUUAACUUGCUGCUUGAUAUUUUUCCAGCAAUUUGUUUCAUAGCCUUGCAAUCUGUGGAUGUAAUUCCUCUUAUUUUGCUCUGUCCAUAAAACUUACUAGAUUUUAUUUUGUGAUAAGACUCACACUGUAUUUUCUGUUCCCAGUUCUUCUCCUUCCACAACAACUAGAAAAUGUCACCGCAGAUGCGCUCAGAGGGCUCUUCUGAAUUUUAUAUUUUUCACAGCCUCAAGUUAGAAUGAUCAGUAAAGAUGUCCCAUUGAAAAAAUAUUAGUUAAGGAUUCUUUAAUUUGUUUUGUAUGGAACACUAUUUUGAAACGUUAAGUAAAAGUCAUUAGCUUUGCUUUUGAAGGGUUGGUGGGAGCGAGUAAAAAUAAAGUUAAUAUAAAACAUACUAAAAAUAAAUAUGACAAAAAUGAUGUGAAAAGAUUUCCCUACCAUUCUGAGGGCUGUUGAUAUCCCAGACCAUUGCUGUAUCUACAGUGAUAACAUGAAAAAACAAUGCCUUUGUCAAAUAAAUUUUUCUUUCUUUAAAUUUUGUUUAUUUUGAUAAUUUAUCCCCCUUUUAUUUUUUAUAUGGUAUGUGUAUCAUUCUACAAGGCAUGCUGGGUAAAAUAUACUAUGCAAAUGUGUACAGUGCUGCAUGUUUUGUUCUCCCUCUGCUUCAGUGGCUUUAAAGAAGAAAACGUGGUGUUAUUUUUGUGAACAAAGACAUUUAACAAAGAAAAUGCAGAGUGCAUGCACACAGUAUCCUCAUUUCUAUGGAUUUGUUUUAUGGAAUUUAAAUGUAUACAAAACAACUGCAUUAAUUUCUUCUUUUAUAUAAUAAAUGAAAAACACUGAAA